AUGGCUCAACGAAGGGGUUCGGAUCAACAACCGGGUAAGAAGAUCAUGCGAGCCCAAACACUUGGGAAUUUAGCUGAGUCGAUGAUGGACAGUGAGGUGGUUCCUUCUUCACUUGAUGAGAUCGCGCCAAUUCUUCGUGUUGCUAAUGAAGUAGAGGCAAGCAACCCUCGGGUUGCUUAUCUAUGUCGAUUUUAUGCAUUUGAAAAGGCUCACAGAUUAGAUCCCACUUCAAGUGGACGUGGAGUUCGGCAAUUUAAAACUGCACUUCUUCAGCGUUUAGAGCGGGAAAAUGUAACAACAUUAGCUGAAAAGCAAAAGAGUGAUGCUCGUGAAAUGCAAAGCUUUUAUCGACAUUACUACACAAAAUAUAUACAGGCCUUGAAUGAGCCUGGCAAAGCUGAUCGUGCCCAACUGACAAAAGUUUAUAAAACUGCCGCAAUCCUUUUUGAAGUUCUGAAGGCUGUGAAUCAAACAGAGGCUGUAGAUGUAGCUGAUGAGAUUUUGGAGGCUCACAACAAGGUUGAGGAGAAACAGCAGAUGUAUCGACCAUUUAACAUACUUCCUCUUGAUCCUGAUAGUCAAAAUCAGAUAAUCAUGAGAAUUCCGGAGAUUCAAGCUACCGUCUCUGCCCUUCGUAACACCAGGGGUUUGCCAUGGCCAAAGAAUCACAAGAAGAAAGUAGAUGAAGAUAUCCUUGAUUGGCUUCAGGCCAUGUUUGGUUUCCAGGAGGGCAACGUGGCAAAUCAAAGGGAACAUCUGAUUUUAUUGAUUGCAAAUGUUCAGAUGCGGCAGUUAUCAAAGCCUGAUCAACGACCCAAGUUGGAUGACCGUGUUCUUACAGAAGUCAUGAAGAAGCUUUUCAAGAAUUACAAAAAAUGGUGCAGGUAUCUGGACCGCAAAAGCAGCCUUUGGUUGCCAAAAAUCCAACAAGAAGUUCAGCAGAGGGAGUUACUGUACAUGGGUUUGUAUCUUCUUAUAUGGGGAGAAGCUGCAAAUUUGAGAUUCAUGCCCGAGUGCCUGUGCUAUAUAUAUCAUCAUAUGGCAUUUGAACUGUAUGGCAUGUUGGCUGGAAGUGUGAGCCCAACGACUGGAGAGCACAUCAAACCAGCUUAUGGUGGCGAAGAAGAGGCUUUCUUAAAGAAAGUUGUUACUCCAAUAUACGACAUAAUAUCUAAGGAAGCAAGAAAAAGCAAAGACGGUAAAUCAAAGCAUUCACAGUGGAGAAAUUAUGACGAUUUGAAUGAAUAUUUCUGGUCUAUUGAUUGCUUCCGCCUUGGUUGGCCUAUGAGAUCUGAUGCUAAUUUCUUUCAGCAUCCUUCAGAACCUGUUAGAAGUGACAAAGAUGAUGGAAAAAAACUAAAUGCCAGAAAUCGAUGGAUGGGGAAAGUUAAUUUCGUGGAAAUACGUUCAUUUUGGCACAUAUUCAGAAGUUUUGACAGGAUGUGGAGUUUUUUUAUAUUGUGUUUUCAGGCAAUGGUAAUCAUUGCUUGGAAUGGUUCAGGGGAUUUGGGUGCAGUAUUCAAGGCCGAUGUCUUUAAGAAAGUACUGAGUAUCUUUAUAACAGCAGCAAUCUUGAAACUUGCACAGGCUAUUAUUGAUUUUAUCCUUAGCUGGAAAGCAAGGAAGAGCAUGUCCUUCUAUGUCAAGUUAAGAUACGUACUUAAAUUUGUAUCGGCUGUGGCAUGGGUUAUAGUAUUAUCUGUAGCAUAUGCCUUGAGUUGGAAGAAUCCCUCUGGCUUCACUCAGACACUUAAAAGUUGGUUUGGGAAUAGUUUAAGCUCGCCUUCCUUCUUCAUUGUGGCUAUUGUUAUUUACUUAUCUCCAAACAUGCUUUCUGGGCUGUUGUUCAUUUUUCCAACAAUUCGGCGUUUCCUGGAACGUUCAAAUAAUAAGGCUGUGAUGCUCAUGAUGUGGUGGUCUCAGCCUCGGCUCUAUGUAGGAAGGGGAAUGCAUGAAAGCUCAUUGUCACUCUUGCAGUACACUUUCUUCUGGGUUCUGUUAAUUAUGUCAAAGUUAAUAUUCAGCUACUAUCUAGAGAUUAAGCCACUUGUGGGUCCAACGAAAACCAUUAUGCGAGUUCAUAUUGGAAAGUAUAGAUGGCAUGAAUUCUUUCCUAGAGCUGAGAAUAACAUUGGUGUCGUGAUCUCAAUCUGGGCUCCCAUUGUUCUUGUUUACUUCAUGGAUGUGCAGAUUUGGUAUGCCAUUUUCUCCACAAUAUUUGGUGGAAUUUAUGGUGCAUUUCGUCGCCUUGGAGAGAUACGGACAUUGGGAAUGUUGAGGUCUCGGUUUCUAUCACUUCCUGGUGCUUUUAAUGCCUGCUUGAUUCCGGUGGAAAAGAAGGAUCAUACUAGAAAGAAGGGGUUGAUGGCCAAUUUUGGUCGUAAAUUUGAUGAGAUAACACCGGAUAGAGAUGAUCAGGCUGCGAAGUUUGCUCAAAUGUGGAACGAAAUAAUCAUUAGUUUCAGGGAGGAGGAUCUAAUAAAUAACAGGGAAAUGGACUUAUUGCUUGUACCCAACUGGAUUGACCCUGAAUUAUCCCUUAUCCAGUGGCCUCCGUUUUUGCUUGCUAGCAAGAUACCAAUAGCAUUGGAUAUGGCCAAAGAUAGCAAUGGAAGAGACCGGGAGGGGGAGCUUAAGAAGAGACUAAGUACAGACAAAUAUAUGCUCUGUGCUGUUCGAGAGUGCUAUGCUUCCUUUAAAAACAUAAUUAAUUUCUUGGUUCUUGGAGAACAUGAGAAAUUAGUAAUAAAGGAGAUCUUCACCAUAAUUGAUGAUCAUAUUAAAGAAGAAAAUCUGAUAACUGAACUAGAUAUGAGAGCUCUCCCUAGUCUCUAUGAGCAAUUUGUUCGGCUGAUUGAAUAUAUGUUAGCGAAUAAAGAGGAGGAUAAGGAUCAGGUUGUAAUAGUCUUGCUGGAUAUGCUAGAGGUUGUAACAAGAGACAUAAUCGACGAGGAGAUUUCCAGCUUGGUUGAGUCAAGUCAUGGUGGAUCUUUUGGAAAAGAUGGGAAACCAAGAGCACUUGACCGGCUUUUCGAUAAACUCAACUUUCCAAUUCCUGAAACUGAAGCUUGGAAAGAAAAGAUUAGAAGACUCCAUUUAUUGCUUACCGUUAAGGAAUCAGCUAUGGACGUGCCAUCUGAUUUAGAAGCCAGGAGGCGUAUUUCCUUCUUCUCCAAUUCAUUGUUCAUGGAGAUGCCCCCUGCUCCAAAAGUUCAAAAUAUGCUGUCAUUCUCAAUCCUUACACCGUACUACUCUGAAGAUGUUCUCUUCUCUAUGAAUCUUCUGGAGAAGCCAAAUGAAGAUGGAGUGUCUAUUCUUUUCUACUUGCAGAAAAUUUUUCCAGAGCAAUGGACAAACUUUCUUGAAAGAGUCCAGUGUGGAAGUGAAGAAGAGUUGAAAAACAAUGAAGAGCUUGAAGAGCAGCUCCGUCUUUGGGCAUCAUACAGAGGUCAAACAUUGACGAAGACGGUACGUGGCAUGAUGUAUUACCGCAAAGCUUUGGAACUUCAAGCAUUCCUUGAUACUGCAGAGCAUCAAGAAUUGUUGAAAGGCUACAAGGACGCUGUGGAUAGCCCUUUGUGGGCGCAAUGUCAAGCAGCAGUUGACAUGAAAUUCUCAUAUGUUGUCUCCUGCCAGCAAUAUGGUAUUCACAAACGUUCUGGUGCUGCUCCUGCUAAAGACAUUCUGAGGCUUAUGACUAAGUACCCAUCUCUUCGUGUUGCAUAUAUUGAAGAACUUGAAGAACCAAGUAAAGAUAAAUCCCGGAAGACUAAUCAGAAGUCUUACUACUCAGUUCUAGCAAGGGCUGCUAUGCCCACAAAAUCAAAAGAUUCGAGUGAGCCAGUUCAGAGUUUAGACCAGACCAUAUAUCGGGUAAAACUUCCUGGGCCAGCAAUAUUGGGUGAAGGGAAGCCAGAAAAUCAAAACCAUGCAAUUAUUUUCACUCGUGGGGAGUGCUUACAAACUAUUGACAUGAACCAGGAUAAUUACAUGGAAGAGGCCUUCAAAAUGAGAAACUUGCUCGAAGAGUUUCUUACAAUGCAUGAUGGUGUCAGAUAUCCUACGAUUCUUGGACUUAGAGAGCAUAUAUUCACUGGCAGUGUUUCAUCUCUUGCUUGGUUUAUGUCAAAUCAAGAGAACAGUUUUGUAACUAUCGGGCAGAGAUUGUUGGCAAACCCUUUGAAAGUUCGAUUCCAUUAUGGCCAUCCAGAUGUUUUUGAUAGAUUGUUCCACCUUACCAGAGGGGGUGUUAGUAAAGCUUCCAAAGUCAUCAACCUGAGUGAGGACAUAUUUGCAGGUUUCAACUCCACCUUGCGUGAAGGUAAUGUUACUCAUCAUGAAUACAUACAAGUUGGUAAAGGGCGGGAUGUUGGCCUUAACCAGAUCUCCAUGUUUGAGGCUAAGAUAGCCAAUGGCAAUGGCGAACAGACAUUAAGCCGUGACAUGUAUAGGCUAGGUCACCGAUUUGAUUUCUUUCGCAUGCUGUCUUGUUAUUUCACCACCGUUGGUUUCUAUUUCAGUACUUUGCUGACAGUGCUCACAGUCUAUGUCUUUCUAUAUGGCCGCCUUUACCUUGUUCUCAGUGGCCUUGAAAAAGCUUUGAGUACUCAUCCCGCCAUUAAAGACAACAAGUCCCUCCAAACAGCUCUUAUUUCACAGUCCGCUGUGCAAAUUGGACUUCUGAUGGCAUUGCCUAUGAUGGUUGAAAUUGGACUGGAAAGGGGUUUUCGGGCAGCUUUAAGUGAUUUCAUACUAAUGCAGCUGCAGCUUGCACCUGUGUUUUUCACAUUCUCUUUGGGAACCAAGACACAUUAUUAUGGAAGGACAUUGCUUCAUGGAGGUGCAGAGUACAGAGGUACCGGUCGGGGUUUUGUGGUGUUCCAUGCCAAAUUUGCUGACAAUUACAGGAUGUAUUCUCGCAGUCAUUUUGUCAAAGGAAUUGAAUUGAUGAUUCUUCUUCUGGUUUACCACAUACUUGGCGUUUCAUAUAGAGGUGUGGUUGCUCAUGUCUUGAUCACCAUAUCAAUAUGGUUUAUGGUAGGAACGUGGCUUUUUGCUCCUUUCCUCUUCAAUCCAUCAGGCUUUGAGUGGCAAAAGAUAGUCGAUGACUGGACAGAUUGGAAAAAAUGGAUUGUCAAUCGUGGAGGAAUCGGAGUAUCUCCUGAUAAAAGUUGGGAGUCUUGGUGGGAGAAGGAGCAUGAUCAUCUAAAAUACUCUGGAAAGCGUGGCAUCUUUGCUGAGAUAUUACUGUCACUACGAUUUUUCAUCUUUCAGUAUGGACUAGUAUAUCACUUGAAAAUAAUCGACUCCCAAAGCUUUCUGGUUUAUGGCCUUUCUUGGGUUGUGAUCAUUUCAAUAUUGCUCCUGAUGAAGGCGGUAUCCGUUGGACGACGUAAAUUCAGUGCAAGCUUUCAGUUGUUAUUUAGGCUGGCCGAGGGUUUUAUUUUCAUUAUCUGUGUGGCUGGUUUCAUUACUUUAGUUGCAAUCCCUCAUAUGACAAUCAGGGACAUCAUACUUUGCCUUCUUGCCUUCUUGCCAACAGGAUGGGGCCUGCUCUUGAUUGCACAAGCUUGUAAGCCCUUAAUUCAUCAUACUGCAUUAUGGGGAUCGGUUCGUGCCUUGGCGCGGAGUUAUGAAAUUGUCAUGGGAUUGCUUCUGUUCACACCUGUAGCAUUCCUGGCUUGGUUUCCAUUCGUUUCCGAGUUCCAAACACGAAUGCUGUUCAACCAAGCAUUCAGCAGAGGUUUGCAAAUUUCUCGUAUUCUUGGCGGGCCUAGAAAAAAGGAAAAGAGUUCAUCCACAGACAAGGAGUAAAUAUACUCAGAUUCACAAACAAUGCAAAGAUAAGAUUGCCACGAUUCUGAACUGUAGAUAUCUCCAAGCUUUUUAUUACUGUAAAUGCUGUUAUUUCCUCUGCUCUCUAUAUUUAUGGGUUGCUUUCUCUCAUUGAGAUAAUUAUUAUACUGAAGAUGGUGGAAAUUUGUUCAAAUUGCCAUUUACCAUCUGAUCAUAUUUGUAGAUUCAUUGUAUACUGUGUGAAUACAUUAUACAGAUAUUUUAUUUGAAUUGGUUGUAAAUUAUAAGGGUGAAGAUUAUGACAGCAGCCUCUUUUUUUCUUUUCC